AUGCCUGGGCCAGGCCUGCGGCACCCGAGGCAGAGGGACUGGCUGAAUGCCCGGUAUGCUUCAGAGCACUCUGUGAGGGUGGUCCAGCUGUCCUUUUCGAUGCCGGUGGUCGUCGGGUUUGCGGGCAUUUCCUUUGUGCUGCAUGCGCCACGGAGCUUUCCCUCCAAUCUGCCGCACCCCGUUGCCCCGUGUGCCGUCAGCAGUUUCAACCGCCCCCCAACCCGGCCACCAGAUCCUCGAGAGGAUCCUGCAGCUUGGUUUGCCUUCUUCGAUGAAGAUGGCUCUGGGUACCUUGAGCGCCAACUCUUAGAGAAGGUAUUGCCUGCAGUGGUGCCCGUCGAUGCUAGCAAGCUCGAGGCCUCUUUACGAGGUUCCCUUUGGAGCGAAUGGGACCCUGCUGGUGAGGGCCGGGUCUCCCGGAAGGCCUUCUGCGCAGAACGUGGCCUGCUGCGAUGGCUAGCUGAACACUUGGAGGAAUUGCAGGAAGAGAGGGAAAAGGGUCCACCUCCUCCGCUGGAGCAAGACCGCGAAGGAUGGUUUCGACACUGGACAAGUCCCGGAACGAAUGAGAUGGGCAAGGCGGACGUUUUGCGUGCUGUCUUGAAAUCCUGUGGGACGAGCUCUUUGGAAGCGUCGGCAGUCGCUGCCAGUCGAGAAUGGAUUGAACGAUGCUGGUUGCUUUGGGAUAGAGACAAGUCAGGAAGAAUAUCAUUAAAGGAUUUUUGUGCAGAUGGUGGCCUGGCGGACAUGAUGCUGCAACAAAGCACACUGGCUGCCGCCAAGCGCGUGGUGCGCCGCAUGGAGCUGGAAGUACAUGACCCUGCGGCCUUGGUUGCAUGUUGUCAGCAGCUGGUGGAGUGUUCAGUUGGCAUUCGCCCGGAGGACGCGGUGGAAACGUGGCCCGGCUCCGCCUGCCGGCGGCUGCGAGAACCAUCAAAGCUCAUGCUGCGCCGAAGUGUCGGGCGCUUCUGCGACCUCUACGCAGCGUUGGGUGUUCGCCCUUCUGCGACGCAUGGCGAGCUCAGAGAUGCAUAUUUGCGUUUGGCAAAGCAGCAUCAUCCCGACGUGACGAACUCUUCUGACAACGGAGUGCGAUUCCAACGAGUGCAGCGAGCCUGGGAGACUCUCCGAGAUCCACAGCAGCGCUUGGUCUACGACAGCUCCAGCUUUGAGACCGGCUCCAUGUUGCGCCAUGCAGCGGCCCAGCGAGCAGCCUCAGCAGCCAAGAAGCAUGCGUCUAAGAAUCACUGGUAUGAGGAGUUGCGCGAUGCGCAACGCGCACGCACCAGCCAGGAGUGCGAGGGGGUGACAGUGGCGAUGAAUCAUGACAUGGCUGCAGAUGAGAUGAAAUGGAAAGAGGAGGUCUUCCCAAGCACUCAUGAUGAACGCUUGCGCAUGCAAGCCCAGCAGUUUGAAAAGGUGAUGCGGGAAGUCAAAUCCCAUCCAGACUUCGGACAAUUCGUGGGUGCAGGUUUGCAGAUGAAGCUCCUGUGCCAACUUGGCUUCAUUCUGGCUGCAAUGUUGAAUUUAUUGCUUUGGGCCUAUGUGAAGCAGCAGAAGUCGGUCGCAUCAAGCACAAAGCCUCCUUCCGGCAUGGAUCGAGCGCUGAGAUCUAUUGGGAUAAGCUUGAGAUGA